AUGCCACGUUCAGUUCCACAGUUUGCCCCCUCUCGAGGCGAGCAAGAUGAGGCUCAGGUCGAAGCUCAGGCCGCCCGAACCGCACCGCCAUCCCCCACCGCUCACCGCCGUCGGAGUUACCUAUCGGAAGAGCAUACAGGAUAUCAAUCGCUGGACUCCCAUCUAGAAGCCACCGAAACUACGAGUCUACUAGGAGCUACUGCACCACAGCGCCGAGCUCCCCGUCGAUCAUACACCAGUGUCUCCGGGGUAUCAGGUCCGGAUUCUGUACGCUAUCUCCUGGGCGCGGGAAGCUCGCGUCGGGUACGAAACCAUAGUCGAACGAACUCAAUACGGAGACACACGAGCCGACGGAACAGUAUCGGAGACGCAGAUGGAGGUCGAGAUGCGGACCAGCUGGCGCUCGCGUACGGCGAGGAGACAUCGAGCUUACCGGCGUCAACAAAGAACGGGUUAACAGCUUCAUCGUUUCUGGACGAGCGCACCUGGUAUGAUCAGUUCACCUCCACAGACUGGGUCCACGAUAGUAUCGCCGAUGCUGCUCGCCUACGUCAACUUCGCCGUCGCAAAGAUAUCCGAGGCCGGUUACUGGCGGGGUUUGAUGGAGCACAGGGAUGGAUUCUCGUUGCCUUGACGGGUUGCAUAACUGCGGCGAUCGCCUACUUGGUGGAUGUAACGGAGGAUAAGGUGUUUGAUGCGAAGGUCGGGUUUUGCUCUUCGCGAUGGUUUGCUAGUCGGAGUAUUUGCUGCGAGGGUGCCUCAUCGUGUGAGGCCUGGCAAACGUGGGCGCAGAUCCUCGGACCUUCCGGCUCGGAGAACAAGUCGAUGGACUUUGUCAUGUUUGUAAUUUGGGUGGUCGUUUUGGCUAUGAUUUCCUGUGGCCUUACCCUCCUUACGAAAACAGUUGUGCCGUCCUCGGUCUCGUUGGCCACAUUAGAUGAAAACCUCGGGGCCGAGUCUCGGAACUUGUUCAGUGCUGGUGGUGCCGGUUCCCCCGGAUCCCAAACAAGUCCUCAUGGCACCUUCCCCAAUGCUCCCUCGAGGCCCGCUAUGGUCUACUACUCGGCUGCUGGCAGCGGAGUGGCAGAGGUGAAAGUCAUCAACAGUGGCUUUGUUCUGCAUGGAUACCUGGGCUUGAAAACCUUGGUUGUGAAAACAGUUGCUUUAGUAUUUAGUAUUGCGUCCGGCCUGAGUCUGGGCAAAGAAGGUCCAUAUGUUCACAUUGCUACCUGCGUGGGCAACAUCUUUUGUCGAUUAUUUGCCAAGUACAACCAGAAUGAUGGCAAGCGACGAGAGGUUCUCAGUGCUGCUGCAGCCAGCGGAGUUGCAGUUGCUUUUGGUGCUCCCAUUGGUGGAGUGUUGUUCAGCUUGGAGGAGGUCAGCUACUACAGCUCGUCCAAGACCUUGUUUCGCACGUUCUUCUGUUGUAUUGCGGCCGCUCUAUCCCUGAAGUUUCUGAACCCCUACGGCACGGGAAAGAUUGUUCUGUUUGAAGUAAGGUAUCUUUCAGACUGGGAGGUGUUUGAGCUAUUCAUCUUCAUUUUCCUUGGAAUACUUGGCGGUGCAGCUGGUGCUCUGUUCAUUAAAGCCUCCAGUAUCUGGGCUCGUUCAUUUCGGCGUAUCCCUGCCAUCAAACAGUGGCCGAUGCUCGAGGUUUUUCUGGUGGCCCUUGUGACUGGCCUGGUCAGCUUUUGGAACAGAUAUACCAAACUCCCGGUCAGCGAGCUCUUGUUUGAGCUCACCAGUCCUUGUGAGCGAGUUUCCCAGGACGGCACGGGGCUAUGCCCCCAUGAGGGCAAUAUAAUGGCCACUGUGCAGUACCUGCUUGUCCCAGCUGGCAUCUACGUACCGUCCAUGGUUGUUGGUGGCCUAAUGGGUCGAAUUGUUGGGCAUAUUGUACAGUAUUGGGUAGCGAAGAACCCGACUUUCUUCCUUUUCAAUUCAUGCCCUGCUGUCCCCGGCAUGGAGAGCUGUGUCACCCCAGGGGUGUAUGCUUUAGUGGCAGCGGGUGCCACAAUGUGUGGAGUGACUCGCCUGUCAGUGACAUUGGCAGUCAUUCUUUUCGAGCUUACCGGAAGUCUGAACCAUGUUCUUCCAUUUUCGCUUGCAGUACUUUGCGCCAAAUGGACUGCAGAUGCGAUUGAGCCACGCAGUAUCUAUGACUUCUUAACCGAUAUGAAUGCCUACCCAUUCUUAGACAGCAAACUUCAACCGACAUCUGAUGCAGAGCUGGGUGAUAUCGUUCGACCAGUGCGCAAAGAUCGCAUUAUCGAUAUCUCCAAUUCACCAUUUGUUGCUGCAAGCGAGCUGCGCUUAAAACUCGAGCACCUGCUGAUGGCGGGUGAGCUGGACAGUGGCCUCCCCAUUCUGCGAGACGGGAUUCUCGCAGGCCUCAUCCCAGCCCCAGACUUGGAGUUUGCGCUUGAUACUCUCGGCGAUGACGAGGAGAGUACAUAUUGCCUCAUGGCAAUGGAUUCUUCACUCGCAAUUUAUGAUAGUGAUAACGAGGAUAUCAUCCAGGAGGAUUUCACGCGCUACAUUGAUCCUGCGCCGAUUGCUCUCGAUGUCCAUUCGCCAAUUGAUUUGGUCUACCAGUGUUUUGCCAAACUUGGUUUGAGAUACCUUUGCGUUCUUCAUAAUGGCCAGUACGCCGGAUUGCUUCACAAGAAAUCUUUUGUGAAGUUUAUGAAACAAAAUGAGUAG